AUGGCAAAGAGGAAGCUUAUAUUGAUUUGUCAGUCUGGUGGUGACUUUGUGACCAAUGAUGACGGGACCUUAUCAUACAAAGGAGGAGAAGCAAAUGCUGUAAAUAUCAAUGACGAAACUCGGUUUGAUGAUCUCAAAUUGAAAUUGGCUGAGAUGUGUAAUUUGAAUCACGGGACAAUCUCGAUCAAGUAUUUCCUCCCGGGAAACAGUAGAAAUCUCAUCACACUAAGAAAUGACAAGGAUCUACAGAGGAUGAUUGAUUUUCAUGGGAUUUCAGUGACUGCUGAUAUCUUUGUUAAUGGAAAAGAAGGAUUUGACUGUGAUGCUGUCAAAGUACAGGAAAGCAGGGGGAGCGACAUAAAACUGGCUGAGACUGUGAACCCUGUUGCACCCUCAGCUAAUGCUAAACAGGUUGUCAAUGAUGUUCAACCGUGUGCUUCCCAUGCUAAUGCUGCACCUAAUGAUUCUCUCUCUCCUGUUUCUGCUCCGGGUUCUACGGUAGUAGCUGGUGCAACUGCAAAGAAUUUGGGACGACCCAGUCGAGCAUCAACUGCCUCAACCCCCUCUUCUGGACCUGGUGCUGACUAUGAUUCGGACUAUGCACCGCUUGUAGAGCUUGCUGUUCAUGCAGCUGCUCAGUCCUCAACUGGCCUUCCUACAGGUGGUAGCCCAGCAGAUACUGUUAAGAAGCGAAGGCGCAUGGCCUUAAAAAAAAAUGGUCCCCGGGGUCCAACUACUUCUUCAGCUGCUGAUAAUGGCAGGAAAAAAAGAUCAAGGAAGAAAAAUAUCUCUGCAGUCAAUGACGACUUAGAGGAGCAUCAAAGAUAUAAUUCUCUGGGGAAUGAUGAUCAUGACAUCCUAUCUGUUCAUGAUGAUGAUGAUGAUUUGCCAGAAAACUUAGUUUUGUCGUGGAAAGAUUAUAUUACAGGUGUGGGCCAGGAGUUCAAAAGUGUGAAAGAGUUCCGGGAGGCACUGCAGAAGUAUGCUAUUGCUCACCGCUUUGUAUAUAAAUUGAAAAAGAAUGAUACUAUUCGUGCUCGUGGCAUAUGCGCUGCAGAAGGAUGUUCUUGGAAGAUUCAUGCAUCUAGGGAUUCUACGUCUCAGUCAUUUCAGAUUAAAAAGUUCAACAAUACGCAUACAUGUGGUGGGGAAUCUUGGAAGAAUGAUAACCCAGCAAAGAAGUGGUUGGUUGGUGUUAUAAAGAACAAGUUACGUGAGUCCCCACAUCACAAAACCAAGGAAAUUUCUAACAGCAUCUCACAGGACUUUGGAAUUCAGUUAACAUAUACACAAGUGCGGCGUCGAAUUAGGGAUGCCAGAGAGCAACUUCAGGGUUCAUAUAAGAAGUCUUACAAUUGGUUGCCUUGGUUCUGCAAGAAGGUGGUGGAAACAAAUCCUGGUAGUAUUGUCAAGGUUGUCACUAAUGAUGAGAAAAGGCUUCAGUGCCUUUUUGUCUCAUUUUAUUCUUCUAUAAAUGGCUUCCAUGGUGGUUGCCGUCCCAUUCUUUUUCUUGAAUCUACAUCUCUACGAUCGAAGUACCGAGAAAUUUUGUUGACAGCAACUGCAGUCGAUGCAGAUGAUGGUUUCUUCCCAGUUGCAUUUGCUAUAGUUGAUGUUGAAAAGAAGGACAACUGGCUAUUGUUUCUGAAGCAACUAAAAUCUGCAAUUUCUACUUCACAAUCCAUAACUUUCGUCUCAGAUAGAGAGAAGGGGUUGAAGGAGUCUAUUCUCGAGGUAUUUGAGAAUGCUUGCCAUGGUUAUUCCAUGUUCCACCUCAUGAAAAGUUUCAAGAGGAACAUGAAAGGGCCAUUCCAUGGGGAUGGAAGAUGUGUCCUACCUGAAAGUUUUCUGGCCGCUGCCCAUGCUGUCCGACUUAAUGAUUUCAAAAAGUUCACAGAGCAAAUUAGACAGAUCUCACCACAUGUUUAUGAUUGGGUUAUUCAAAUUGAACCCGAGAACUGGACUUGUUUGUCAUUCAAAGGUGAGCAGUAUAAUCAUAUCACACAAAAUGUUGCAGAAUCGUACACUAAGCUGAUGGAGGAAAAACGGGAAUUAACUAUAAUGCAGAAGAUAGAAGCACUGAGGUGCAUGAUGAACGAGUUGAUAAAUAGUCGUCAAAUAGAAUCGAGUAAAUGGACUACACAACUCACUCCCUCGAAAGAGAAAUUUAUGCAAGAAGCUGUUCUUAAAGCAUUUGGACUGAGAGUCUUUGCCUCGUCAGAUAUUCUGUUUGAGGUCCAUGAUAAUUCUACUCAUGUAGUGAAUGUUGAAAAACGGGAAUGUACAUGCCUAGAAUGGAAAGAAAGUGGGCUUCCAUGCUACCAUGCUAUUGCUGCCUUGAAUUUUGCUGGGAAGAAUGUUUAUAACUACUGUUCAAGAUAUUUCACCACUGAGACUUACCAAUCAACGUAUUCGAAGUCCAUAAACCCUAUUCCUGGCAUUGAUAAGCCCAUGCAAAAAGAAAAUGGCGACUCAGAUACCGUGGAAGUGCUUCCUCCUUGUCCCCCUCGUAUGCAAAAUCAACACGAGGAAGAAGAGAGCAAAACAGAGAAUCCAGACAAGAAGACAGUCACUUGUACCAGGUGCAAGCAGCUUGGGCAUAACAAAUCUUCAUGCAAGGACGACAUAUAG